GCCGGUCAGCCGAUCGCUGGAUGCUUUACGGGGAUCAUCCUGCGAAACUGAUUAUCAGUUCCAGUUUCAGUUGGAGUUGAGUGCAGAUGGUCAGCGCAAGCUAGGUGCAAAGUCAAGUGCACGGUGCGUUCCAGUCCGGAAACCAAUCUCGCUAGUGAACGACGGCCAAAGAAUCUGCUGACGAUCACGAUGACCAUCAAGAUCGCUCUCAUCCAGCUACGCGUUGUGGAUUCGAAGGAAAAGAAUCUGAAAAAUGCGACCGAUUUGAUACGGAUCUCGAAGAAGGAAAAGGAGGCGAACGUGGUGGUGCUGCCGGAGUGCUUCAACGGACCGUAUACCGUCGAUUCGCUGAAGACUGUGGCCGAAACGAUCCCGGGAGGGCCGACGAGCCGCGCACUGUCGAAUGCGGCCCGUGAUUACGGCGUGUAUGUCGUCGGUGGCUCGAUCGUGGAGUCUGACGGCGACCAGCUGUACAAUACCUCCACCGUUUGGGGCCCGGAAGGUGACCUUUUGGCAACGUACCGCAAGGUUCAUCUGUGUGAUUCGAGUCUCAGUGGCAAGACGACGGUACCGGAAACGAAGCUCUUCGCGGCCGGAAGUGAUUUCGCCACAUUUACCGUCGGUGAAACGAAAAUCGGUCUCGGGAUCUGCUGGGAUAUGAGAUUUCCGGAGUUUGCCGCCGCAUACCGGACACUUGGGUGCGAUCUGCUUAUCUAUCCGGCCGUCUGUGACGUACCGACGGGUGAGCAGCACUGGGAACUACUGGCAAAAGCACGUGCGCUCGAUAAUCAAGCGUUCGUGGCCUUCUGCUCACCGGCGCGGGACACCCAUGCUAAGCUGAUCCCGUACGGCCAUUCGCUGGUGGUUGACCCAUGGGGCACCGUGAUACAACGUGCCACCGAGUUCCAGGAGAUCGUCGUUGCUGAUCUAGUGUUGAAGGAGCUCACACAAGUACGCCACAGGAUACCGGUGUUUGAACAGAAACGGACCGAUCUAUACGAGCUGAAGGUCAAAUCCUCCUGAUUCUCUGCUCGCAAAUGGACGUAGAAGCAGCUAGCGAGGUUAUCGUUGCUAUUUUGGCGCUUUUUUCUUUUGUUUACUGAUAAUGAAAUAUAUACUCGACUCCUCUAUCAGGCCAUCGCGCUGU